AUGGUCACUUCCGUUCGCCGAUACGACCCUCUCAUACACGCAAAGAAUCCAAUAUCUAGCACUCCUCUGGGCUUCUGGUACUUCGUAUUCUCUCUCAAUCUCGUCGCAUCACUUGAUUACCUGGAUGACCCUGAGGCGACCGCGGCGGCCCAGAAGCUGAAUUCUGGGACAUACGUCGGAUUUGUCGACUUCAAACCCGACUUUCCGCUUCCAGGACGUCCUUUGACACGUCUCAACCUUCGCCUGCUCAGUCAAGGCCUCCCUACCGAGGAGGAUCUCGAGAAACAUCACGUCAAGCCUCACAUGUGUCUUCCUGUCGCACCGAAUGUGACCCAUCCCACUGGACGUGAGGCCAUGGUUCCUCUGAAACCUUUCCCUUGGCCAAACCUCUAUCAUCAUUCAGCCAUGUGUACUCAGCUACGAGCUCGAAGCUACCCUCAGGACUUUUCUGCGGCUACUCUAGUCAGUAUGCAGGACUUGUCGCGGAUGAGACGCUGCUGGAAUGAUGACGAGGCCGAGCGUCAGCAGCUAUUCAAUGAUGCUUCUGGUGAUGGGAGUCUACCGGAGCGAUGCUCCUAUCCUCUUCCAUUUUGUGGCCCAAUCGCACAUGAAGACUUAGCUCCCACGGAGGAUGCCGUCGAUGAGAAUGAAGACGACGAUGUUGCCUACUCUUCGCUGGACGAUGGCCUCGGUGAAGAAGCUUCCUUUGAAGAUGAUGCUGACGCUAUCCACGACAUGUUCAUGGAUGCUAUAUUGGACGGAGAUGAUCCUGCUUUUGAGAGCAUUCCUAUCAUACGUAACGUCGAGUAUGACCUAUCAAAGGUCGAGCACUUUGAUGACCCUCGCUCGUUGUUCGAGGAGAUUGCAGCUCUUAAAGAGAUCAGAAAUCACUCUCUAGCUCGUAAGCAAGAACGCUUUCAAAAGUUAGAACAUGCUAGAAACGAAGGCCUGCCCAGUGUUCAUAGCGAUGAAAACCCCGUUUCUCACGCCCGUCGUCCGACAUGGUGCUCUCGAAUCCAGAAGAUACUAUCAUGGUCUUCCAAAUUCACCAGGUCUAUGGUACCUUUGCGAAAGCGCAGAGGCUCCCGCGCUAUACGGCCCCGGCCUCCGACCCUUGAGAAGUCCCUGUCUGAUGGGGAUGACCCGAGUGGUGGCACUGAGCGUCGUAUGCCGGCGGUUUUAGUGGAAAACAUUCGGCGGGUUUUUGCCAAGACUUUUUAUCUUAUCUCUCCACCACUUGCGCCAAACUCAGAGAGUGAAGAAUGGGUACGCGAAUGGGAAGACACGAUGGCCCUUGACUUAAUUGAGUGUCCAGUGGUAGAGGUCGAGUCAUGUAUGACGGUAGAGGAUGCUUGCGAUCUGUUAUUGUCAAAGGACAUACCCUGCGUUGCAGUCAAGACCCCAGAGGCUGGAACUACGAACACGCCAUAUUGUGGCCUUUUUGACUUUGCAGAUGUGAAUGCGUUCUUAACGUUUGCAGCAACUCGACACACCUUCAGUCCUCUUCAUCUCGAGAAAAACCCCAAAGUGGCUCGGAUAGUCGAAGCGGCAAAGGCGGGUAAAGUGCCUGUCCACCUGGUCAGCAAUCUAUCUGAAAAGAACCCUCUUGUGGAACUUUCACACGAUGCAUCCGUUGUUUCGCUCCUUGGUGUAUUUUCCUCUGGCGCUCAUCGAGUGCUCAUCAAAUCUUCAUCUUCCGAUCCCAGUUACCUCGGGAUCGUCUCUGACCGUCGACUUCUCUCCUACUUUGCCUCCUACGCUCGCGCUAGAGACCCCGCACUCUCUUCGCCCGCUCCUUCUCCCUCCUACAUAACAUCCAACCCUCCGCUCCCUCUUCCAGGAUCAUCUCCCAGCCUUGGUUCUCUCCCGCCCUCUUCCUCCCCUGCUAGCCAAGCCGUUCUGUCUCCACCUCCCUACCCUAUCUCCCCAGUCCGCUCGCCCACAUCGGCACAUACAUCUCCUUCUUUCCUUCGUUACAUCUCCACGCCUCUUUCAUCGCUCCCACUGCCGUCGCUGAACUUAUAUUCUGAAGUCAUGUCUGUGUCGAGCACGGAUAGUGUGCUUGAUGCCAUGAGAUUGAUGAGCGAGCAGGGAGUCAGUUGUGUGGCGGUUUUGCAGCAGGAAGACGGAGGGCUGUUGAGCGCGAUCAGUGUUAUCGUUCCUGCGCAGAACAACCAGAUUCUGGGCAUGCCCAUGCAUAUGUUGAUCUCGCAGAUCAAGAUGCAAAUGCCAGAUGGCUGGGUCGACGGCGCUGAUCGUUACCCGGUCUACAGCGUCUCACCUUCCUCAACGCUGUCCUACACCAUGCAAAAGCUCAUAGCUACGAACACACAUCGUGUCUUUGUCACCGCUGAAUCACCUUCGAGUGGUGUAGCGGCCAAAGGAAACCUUUCCGGGAUCGUCUCAAUCGUUGACAUUCUUUCUCUGUUCGCCCGCGUCGCGAAUCUACCCGACGUGGAUCCAGGCAAGAUGAAACGUCACCGUCGCGCCUCGUCUGUUUCCAGCCAGUCUUCUGACGUCUCUGGAGCGUCUGGAUCGGGGCUGUCAACUUCGGCGGGGAGCUUGGUAGAUUUGGCGAGGACUUCGUCUAGGGGAAGCAUUGGUGGUGGACGGCGGUAG